AAACAACAAGCAUCAACACCCAAUCACUCUCUCUCUCCCAUUUUCUCUCUCUAUAUCUCUCCGAUCUCAAAAAACCUCCAUUUCGCAUUGCACCAAACGCAAUCCCUCCAAUUCUUCACCCGCCAUGGGAACCUGCACUUCGAAGCCCUCAAGACCAAACCCUUACGCCUCCAGGGACCCCAACGACCCUUCCCACACACCCAAAUCCCUCCCGGCUACCACUCCUCACCACCACGACAACGACGUCGUUUCCAACAACACCGCCAAGCAGUCGCCGUUCUUCCCCUUCUACAGCCCCAGCCCCGCCCACUACCUCAAGGGCUCCCCGGCGCGGAGCCGCAGCCGGAGCGCCAGCUCCACGCCGCGCCGCUUCUUCCGCCGUCCCUUCCCGCCGCCGUCGCCGGCAAAGCACAUCCGCGCCGUGCUGGCGCGCCGCCACGGCAAGAAGGCUGCGGCGGCGGAGUCGGCGAUUCCCGAGGAAGGCGACGAGGAGGAGAACGGCGUGGACCUGGAUAAGAGGUUCGGGUUCUCGAAGGAGUUCACGAGCAGGUUGGAGGUUGGGGACGAGGUCGGCCGAGGGCAUUUUGGGUAUACUUGCUCCGCCAGGUUCAAGAAAGGCGAUAGGAAGGGCCAGCAUGUUGCCGUCAAGGUCAUCCCCAAAUCCAAGAUGACCACUGCUAUAGCAAUUGAGGAUGUUAGAAGGGAGGUAAAGAUACUGCGAGCUUUGACAGGACAUAGCAAUCUAGUGCAAUUCUAUGAAGCGUUUGAAGACAGUGAUAAUGUCUACAUAGUAAUGGAGUUGUGUGAAGGAGGCGAACUUCUAGAUAGAAUACUUUCAAGGGGUGGUAAGUACACAGAAGAUGAUGCAAAGGCAGUCAUGGCACAAAUACUAAAAGUUGUUGCAUUUUGUCAUCUUCAGGGUGUGGUGCAUCGUGAUCUUAAACCAGAGAAUUUUCUAUAUACUACAAAGGAUGAGAAUUCCAUGUUGAAAGCCAUUGACUUUGGCUUAUCAGAUUUUGUAAAACCAGAUGAAAAGUUAAAUGAUAUUGUGGGAAGUGCAUAUUACGUGGCCCCUGAAGUUCUACAUAGGGCUUAUAGUACAGAGGCUGAUGUGUGGAGUGUGGGUGUAAUAGCGUAUAUUCUAUUAUGUGGUAGUCGUCCUUUUUGGGCCCGGACCGAAUCUGGGAUUUUCCGAGCAGUCUUGAAAGCUGGUCCAAGUUUUGAUGAACAACCUUGGCCUUCGUUAUCUUUAGAAGCAAAGGACUUUGUCAAGCGCCUACUGAAUAAGGACCCACGUAAACGAAUGACAGCUGCUCAGGCUCUAAGCCAUCCUUGGAUCAGGAACUACAAUGAUGUUAAAGUGCCGCUUGAUAUUCUAAUUCUUAGGCUCAUGAAAGCUUAUCUGCGGUCAUCAUCCUUGCGCAAGGCUGCUCUAAAGGCCUUAUCCAGGACACUGACUGUGGACGAACUCUUUUAUCUGAAGGAGCAAUUUGCUCUCUUGGAGCCGAACAAAAAUGGCACCAUUUCGUUGGACAAUAUUAAGAUGACCCUGAUGAAAAGUGCAACAGAUGCAAUGAAGGAAUCUCGCAUCCCUGAUUUUAUUGCAUCGUUAAGUGCACUGCAAUACAGAAGAAUGGAUUUUGAAGAGUUUUGUGCAGCUGCUUUAGGCGUCCAUCAGCUGGAGGCACUUGAUCGGUGGGAGCAGCAUGCCCGAUGUGCGUAUGAACUUUUUGAGAAGGAUGGUAACCGGGCUAUUGUCAUCGAAGAACUUGCCUCGGAACUUGGGCUUGGCCCUUCAAUCCCACUUCACGUGGUUCUCCACGACUGGAUAAGGCACACAGAUGGGAAGCUAAGCUUCCUCGGAUUUGUCAAGUUGUUGCAUGGUGUGUCCAGCCGAACUUUUGUGAAGGCACAAUGAGAAACGAGAUCAAGAGCUUAAAGACAAAAGUGCUGAGUUUGCUAUAUGCUUAUUAGCCAAAUGAUAUGUGCUAGAUGUUUGAUUGAGAUGCUGCACCAAUCGAUUGGUUUUCGGAGGUUGGAAGGUGCGGUUAGUAUGUGCCACUAAAACCCAUUUUGGCAAAGGAAAAUGAUCCUUCACCCACACCCUGAUUCUGUUAGAGGGCUUUGAUCAAUCCUCCAAAACAGCAGGCUUGGUCCUUUGGUUGAUUUUAUUAAAGCAAUGAAAGCUCUUUUUACGUUUUCCAGUGUAAAGUUGUAGAGCCAGUUUUUGCCCGAAUGGGGUUAUAUUCUAUAAUAUAUUCUUCUACAAAUGUUCCACUCGUGCUGUCUCCAAUGUUUUUAUCUAGUUUUCUAAGUCUAUCAUAUUAAUUGCUUUCUGGCAUGAAGAAGAUAGAUGUCCAGUGAUUGUUAGUACUUAGUACCAUUAUUAUUAUUGGUUUGGUGGAACGGAAAGACAAAUAU